CUUAGAGUGAUCGAUAAGGUGGAAGAUUGGUUGACGUCGAGAUAGAGACUGAGGCCUUCGGCCAAGUUCCUUCCAUCGUGCGUGUUUCCUGCUCUGUUCCGCCCUUCACUUAUUCGCUAUGCCGUCCCUCCCAGAAACCUCAUUUUCGUCAACAUCGCCUAGAAAUACGCCUCGCAGGGAACGCCUGACCACCGCCUUGGAGGCGUAUGCCGCAUUUGAACAGGCCGCGUCGAUUGAGAUCUCUUCGUUCGCUCCUCUCAUCUUUCUCCUUAUUCCUUCCUCUCCCGCCCGCCACCGCCACCCAGUUCACCUACCCUCAGGCAGGAGCCCGUAUUUCGAUCCCGAUGAUAUGCGACAAUGCGUAAUCGUGCGCAGGAUGCGAGGCAACGAAACCAACGAAGAACCCGUCCAAGACCUCACCCAACUCAAAACACACGGCAAGGUACUCGUCCAACAGACAUACUUGUGGCUGUUAUUCGGUUGUGACAUGUAGGUGGUGGAACGAUAUCACGAACAUGUUGACUU